AUGAACAAGGCGGGCCCUGGCGGGCAAAAAGUGGAGGCGGCGGCGGAGGCUCCGCCGAAGCCUCUGGUGCCUUGUGCAGCUUUAGAGCCAGGAUCUGUGCACAUCGCGCCCCCGCAGGACUGCGCCGGCUCUUGCGGCUCUGAAGCUGCUUUUCCGGGGCUGCGGCUGAUAGCGGACUUUGAGGUUCUUUUGUUUGCUGCUUGCAUGCAUUUGCGGAAUGACCAGUGGACCACUCAGUGGACCAGGCCACCCGCUGUGCGAAGACCUUGCUGCAGCAGUCUGCGGCGAAGGCUGCAGCUGCUGGAGCAGCUGCAGGCAGCAGCGCUGCAGCAGCAGCGCCUUCUUGCCAGACUCACGCCGAACGCCUGCGAGCUCGGUUUUCAGCGCCACUUGUGCACAGUAGUCCGCCCAGGUUUUCAGCGCCACUUGUGCACAGUAGUCCGCCCAGACGCCCGAGACGCAAAUAACAAGACAAGAACUCCCCGGCUUUUUGCUUCCCCAGCAGCAGCAGCAAACACGUAA